UGAUCAUGCGCGCGGACUUCUGCUCGUGCAGAGACAUUUCCUGCGCGCGAGCGCGUCUGUGAUGGUCAUCGCAACUUGGCUCGCGCCUGCUCUCGAAGCACCGAAACAUGAUUUUAUCCUUACGGUUUUUAUUUCUCGCGGCUGUGUGUCGCGUGACGGUCAUGAAGAUAUCUCCUCCAUAUAAAUCAGAUGGACAAUGUAACAACAGCACUUUUGAGUUUUACAACAAAGAUGCACGCAUGUGCUGCAGUAGAUGCAAACCAGGGACCCGCUUGGGGGCACCGUGCACGAGUGUUCAAGACACAGUCUGUUUGCCUUGCACUGAUGGACAGUACUCUCAAAACACGAACCAUUACAUCAACUGUUUUUCUUGUAAAAAAUGUUCAAGCUCAAAAGAACUGAUGUAUGCACGACACUGCGCGGCUGAUACCAACGCAGUUUGUGUUUGCAAACCUGCAAGCUUCUGUGUCCGUCAUGCAUCUACACCUACAUCUGAAUGUACGGAAUGUAAACGGUAUAAAUCCUGCAAACCGGGUGAAGGUGUCAUUAAAAACGGAACAGCUACAGCUAAUGUCCAGUGUGGACCCUGUUCCGAAGGAACAUUUUCAAGCCAGUCUGACACCGAGCCCUGCAAACCACACACACAAUGUGAUGGAGGUUUGGUUCUGCAUCCUGGCAACUCCAUAGCCGACACACGGUGUGGGACGAAACCAUCAACGGCAAUGUUUUCCACUUCAGAAAUGCCAAAGAAUCAUCCUCCGAGGGAAAUCCAGAGCGAGACACAGACAGCAGCGUACAUCACAACAUGUCUGCCUACAUUGGCCAGUGUGACGUCCAGCACAGCUGAAAAUCGAAACUUCAUUGAAUCCAAUGACCCGUAUCCCAUGAAUUUCAUUUACAUCGGCAUUGUUGUUGGUUUUUUGCUGGUUGUCCUGACAGUGAUAGUAAUGGUGAUAACCUGCAAAUUGCGAAACAGAAGAGGUUUAGUAAUGGAUGCAAAGACAGACAGCAAGGAGCCGAAUCCGAGUUCCCCAGCAAGCGUUGCACCUGAACAUCAGUGUCUGUUACCCGGCAACAGUUGUCAAAAAGAGCCCUCCAUGACAUCAUCAGACAGCCAGAGUCAGCCAGACUCAAGCCAGAGUCACAGCAGUGGUGACUGGUUGGAACGCACCAGCCAGGAGGAGUCUCUACAUGAGCAGCAUUCUAUCUCCAGCCCUUUGGUCAACCUCAGCAUCACGGCCACGAUCAACUGCCACCUGAACCCAGCAACGGCUUCCUGUUCCAUCCCGGUCAGCCCAUCCACGCUAGCGCCUCAGGCUGAUAUUUCAGUGCCACUGUCUCAGGAGGAGGUCUCUAUCUCCUGCCAGCAAGAGGAUGGUAAAGAAGCCCUUCAGUCCGUUCAGGAGAGCGGUUUGUGUGUGUUCUGAUUGGUGGAAGUCUCAGUAAGUGUUUCGUGUUUUUUUUUAUAUAACAUAAUAAAACACAUUUAUUGUGAUGGUGACCAAUAUAAACAUGCUGUAUUUGAUAGUACAUAGUUUGUGUUAACAAUAGCAAAUGACAUUCAUGUAUACAAAAAAUUGCUAAAAUAUAUAUAUAUAUAUUUGUUUAUUAUAUGCCAUACUCAAAAAUAAACGUUAAGUGUGUUGGUCACAUUAUGUGAACAUGGUUUAUAGUUUUAUGGUUAGGGUUCUUGGCUAAAAAUAUAGAUUCAGUCCAGACUGCAUGCAUUCUGGUUUGCAACACUAGUUGGCCCUAUGGAAAAUAAAGAAAGAAAAUUUAGUACUAAAAGAUUAAAGUAAUUAAGUAUUGGCAACCUUAUUGAUGUAUCGACUGACCACUUUUCUAAAUCAUAAAAUCGGUGAACUUUGCUGACAGUUCACCCAAAAAUGAUCAUUUACUGUCCCUCUUUCGCAGAACACAAAAGAAGAUAUUUUGAACAAAGUUGGGAACCGAACAGCACUGGACCCCAUUCACUUCUAUUGUAUGGACACAAAACCAAUGCAAGUGAAUGGGGUCCAGUUAACAACAUUUUUCAAAAUAUCUUUUGUGUUCUGCGGAAAGAAGAAAGUCAUACAAGUUUGAAAUGACAAGAGGAAGAGUAAAUGAUGACAGAAUUUUUAUUUUUGGGUGAACUAUCCCUUUAAUGAUCCCUUGCAUCGUCUAACUGUUUAUGUUUUAUAGAUUUUAUAUUUUAUUAUAUAUUGUUGACAUAUUUGUUGCCAAUAGCAGCUGAUGAGGUUGGAAGGACUAGAACAGAAAUUGCACUCUUUGUGAUAUGAAGCUAGCGCCACCCAGUGGUUGGUUUUCUCAUUACGCAAUUAUUCAAACUCUUUUAGUCAUAAGAGCUAUAAAGGAGACAAGUGAAUGUGUUCACGUUUGUCAUUUGAAUGAGAUAAAGGCAGACUAAUAAGCUGGGACUGAUUUCAGUGUCACAGGGUUAUCCUAAACAUUCAGAAAAGAAGUAACAUUUUCAUGUAAGUUUAGCGUAAUUCUGAUUGUCAAGGAUAUUGUAUAUGGUGGAUUAUAUUAUAUUCCAUUGGUUAUAACAGACAUACUUUUUUACAUUUGUAUAUUAUUCAGUUGUAUAGGAAUCUUGUUAUUGUAAUAUUUUGUACAUACAGAAUGUUUAUUCAAAAGUGAUUAUUUUUGUAGUCACCCGUGAUAUAUUUUUAUUUUUAAAUAAACUCUGUGUAAGAAAGUUUGAUGUGCGAGUCAUUCCGUACCAUUUGCACAAUAAAAAUGAAUAAUA